UCCGGGUGUCUUCAAUGAAGAAAUCAUUUCACAUCUGAUUUUUUUUUGUAUACUCUAAAGAAAGCUAAAAAAGCUUCGUGGUCAAUUGGAAGAUGAACAGAAUAUUUGGACGCGGAAAGCCAAAAACGCCUCCUCCGAAUCUGUCGGACUGUAUCGGCAACGUUGAUGCGAGAUCAGAGUCCAUAGAGAAGAAGAUCGGCAGACUAGACGCUGAACUUGUGAAGUACAAGGAUCAGAUGAAGAAGAUGAGAGACGGGCCCUCGAAGAACAUGGUGAAACAGAAGGCGAUGAGAGUCCUGAAGCAAAAGAGAAUGUAUGAAGGUCAAAGAGAGCAGCUGGCUCAGCAGUCCUUUAACAUGGAGCAGGCAAACUACACAAUCCAGACAUUAAAGGACACCAAAACCACAGUGGAGGCCAUGAAGAUCGGUGCAAAGGAAAUGAAAAGAGCGUACAAGGACGUCAAACUUGAUCAGAUUGACGAUUUACAGGACCAACUGGAGGACAUGAUGGAGGACGCAGGCGAGGUGCAAGAGGCCUUGAGCCGCAACUACGGCACUCCAGAGAUAGAUGAGGACGAUCUGGAAGCAGAGCUGGACGCUCUGGGUGAUGAGCUGCUGCUGGACGAUGACAACUCCUACCUGGAUGAGGCCUCGGCCGCCCCGUCCAUCCCUGAGGGAAUCCCCAGUGACAGCAAGACAAAUAAGGAUGGCGUUUUGGUGGAUGAGUUCGGCCUGCCCCAGAUUCCUGCCUCAUAAACAAGGAACGGACUAAAACAACUGCACUUCAACUGAAAACACUUUUAUAUGGAGAGUAACAUGUAUACAUGCAAAACACUUGACCUGAGAACACUAGGAUUUUGGAAGCUGCCCUGGUGUUGGGUUGUGUACUGUUACCACUACCGUGCUAGCAUGUGGCCUUGUAACAUACUGAACCUUUUUUUUUAAAACACUAUUCCCUCUGUCCUCCUGUCUAACACGUGUCUCGUCCAUCACCAGUAUUACUAAGUUUAUUUUUUAUUUGUCUUACUUGUGUUCUAGUCUUGUGUGUGUUGGUCAGUCUUUACCGUUGUGUGGAGAUGAUUCCCCUAGAGCCUGUUGAAAUACAUGUCUGCAAGUUAUUUGAAACAUGCAAAAUAAAUUAUGUGGUUUAA